ACUACGCGAUCAUAGCACAGAAGAGAGACACCGGACUUUACAGACCCUCUAAAGAAGUGUGGAUGUUUUCUGGUCGAAGCGGGCACGAGGAGACCUCGCGGAUGCUUUUCGACUCAUUCACUGAUUCCACAUCACGCCUAAAACAAGGAGAAGAAAGUCCGUGGAAUAUUUGAUACACUGUUUCCCUCCGUCUCCUCUGACUGACAGAGGCGCCAAGAUGUUCGGGGCUUCAAGUGAUUAUUUCUCUCUCACGGCGGCUGUGCUUCUGGUGUGUGUGUCGUCCUUCAAUGUGGACCAGAAGAACACACUCUCCUUCGAGGGCCCACUGGAGGACAUGUUUGGUUACACCGUACAGCAGUUUGAAAACAGUGAAGGCAAAUGGGUUCUCAUUGGAUCGCCGCUGUCGGGCCAGCCAGCGAAACGAACGGGCGAUGUCUACAAGUGUCCUGUGGGCAGAGGGGGAAACACGUGCGUCAAACUGGAGCUGCCAGAAAACACCACCGUUCCCAACUUACAUGAAGUCAAGGAGAACAUGACCAUGGGAACCACCCUCGUGACCAAUCCCAGCGGCGGAUUCUUGGCAUGUGGUCCCCAGUACGGCUACAUGUGUGGUCAGCAACAAUACAUCUCGGGGGUUUGCGCCAACGUCAGCUCAUCCUUCCAGGUUCUCAACUCGGUGGCACCGGGCGUGCAAGAGUGUGCAAAGGAGCUGGACAUUGUGAUAGUCCUUGAUGGAUCCAACAGCAUCUAUCCAUGGACCAGCAUCAUCGACUUUCUCAUCCGCUUCAUUGAGAACAUUCAGAUCGGACCUAAACUCUCACAGGUGGGCAUCGUGUCCUACGGAGAGACCGUGACCCACCGCGUCAACCUGAGCCAGUUCGACAACACCCCCGCUCUGCUGGACUUUGUCAGGGAGCUUCCUCAGCAGACCGGCUUCAAAACAAUGACUUUCCUGGGCAUUGACACUGCCAGGAAGGAAGCCUUCAUGCCGGAGCGAGGUGCACGUCCCGGGGUGAAAAAGGUGAUGGUGAUCGUGACCGACGGAGAGUCACAUGACUUCCAUAACCUCAAUCCGGUCAUCGGCGACUGCGAGAAGGAUGGCAUCGAGAGGUUUGGCAUCGCUGUUUUGGGAGACUACAACCGACAGAACAAGACUGCAGAGGAAGUGCAGAAGUUUAUAAAGGAGAUCGAAUCCAUCUCCAGUCAGCCAUUACGAGAUCAUUUCUUCAACGUGUCGGACGAGGUGGCUCUGUUGACCAUCGUGGACGCGCUAGGAAACAAGAUUUUUGCCCUGGAAGCCACAACUGGCAACUUCACCUCUUCCUUUGACAUGGAAAUGUCCCAAGCUGGUUUCAGUGUCCAUGCUUCCAAAGAAGGCAUGCUACUGGGAGCUGUGGGAGCAUAUGACUGGAAUGGAACUGUCAUUAUGCACACCGAAGGGGGAACAAUCUAUCCCGAGAAAAACCACUUCUUUGACGGCCAAACUGAAGCUGGAUACGAAAGACUGGCUGGUUAUCUAGGUUAUGAUGUCCAGUCAGCGUCUACCCCUGAUGGCGUGCUGUACAUCACGGGAGCGCCACGUUACAACCACACGGGUCGUGUUGUUAUCUAUCGGCUGAAGGACAAAGACAUUGUUGUCUCGCAGACACUGGGAGGAGAACAAAUCGGGUCGUACUUUGGCAGCGUUUUACAGACUCUCGAUGUAGACGGCGACUCUUACACCGAUCUCCUCUUGGUUGGUGCCCCAAUGUACAUGGGCUCAGAAAGAGACGAGCAGGGUCAAGUUUAUGUCUACAAACUUAAGCAGGAUGGCCAGUUUGAGUACGAGUUCACUUUAAAGCCCAUCAAUCAGUCGUGCUGCACUGCCCACUCGUCCAGCUGCACUCAUAAACACGAGCCGUGCGGGGCCCGCUUCGGUACUGCCAUCGCCGCCGUAUCGGAUCUCAACCUCGACGGGUUCAAUGAUGUGGCCAUCGGCGCCCCCUUUGAGAAUGACCACAAGGGGGCAGUCUACAUCUAUCACGGAGACAAAAGGUCACUGAAGGAGAAAUUUGCGCAGCACAUCCCAGCAGGAGGGGAGAAUGACAAAAUGAAGUUCUUUGGUCAGUCGAUACAUGGUGUCAUGGAUCUGAAUGGAGAUGGAAUCACUGAUGUUACCAUCGGGGGUCUCGGAGGGGCCUCGUUGUUCUGGUCCAGAGAUGUUGCAGAGCUCCGAGCCAACAUGACCUUCCUCCCUGCCAAGAUCAACCUGCAGCAAGCGCAGUACCAAUGUGAGCACUUUGGACGCAAGUCAGUGUGCGUGACGACGCAGGUGUGUUUUGUCUACAGCAUCAAAUCUGACACGCAGGACCUGACGUCCGAAGCAGUGAUUCGCUACAAUCUGACGCUGGAUGCUCUGCGUGCAAAAGCAAGGGCUUCUUUCCUCGGCUCGGAUGACAAAAACGAUCGGAGAGUUACCGGUACUUUUACUGUGCAGGACAAAAAGAGACUGUGCGUGACGGAGGUGUUCAUGAUGUCGGCCCGAUUGGACUUCCGAGACCCUCUCAUGGUGUCAUUGGACUUUGGACUAGCUGAUGAAGACCAAGGUCCAGUCCUGGACGAGAGCCUGCCCACGUCCAUUAACAAGACGAUUCCCUUAGUGGACUGUGGAAGUCAUCAGAAGUGCAUCGCUGACCUCUCUCUUCAAGCAGAGCCCAGUGUAAGAAGCAUGGUGAUCCAAGCCAAGAAGGACAAAAUUGACGUGAACAUCCACGUGAGAAACAGCAAAGACAACGCCUACAACACCAAGGUGGUCGUCAGCUUCACGGCCAACAUCAACUAUGUCAAAGUAGAGCCAGAGAAAGAUUGCACUCUGAAUCACACAAAAGUGGAGUGUGCGGUGGGUUACCCCUUCCUGGGAAGCAAUGUGGAGGAAACUUUCAAAGUCAAAUUUGAGGUGAAUCCCAAUCACAUUCAUCACAGCAUCCAAAUCAAUGUGACAGCUACAAGCGACAGUGAAGAGCUGACCUCGACCCUUCAUGACAACAUGGUGCACAUCUCCAUCCCUGUGAAGUACGAGGCCGGCCUCGUAUUCUCUGUGCGGCCUGUGGAUGAACACGUGGUGGUGAAAGAGGGCGAGCAGUACUCCAGUGUGUUCAACGACACCCGGAUGAUCGGCGAGGAGGUUAACAUCAGCUACACGGUGGAGAAGGCAGGUGAUAUGGUGACCCCGCCACUUGAUCUUAAGGUGACCUACCCUCAGCUGUCCCCACGUAAUAAUUACCUACUAUACCUGACGCACAUCAUCACCAGCCCGAAGGUGAAAUGUGACACCGCCGGUUUGAUCAACCCUCUCAAUCUUAACCCGGAUGUCGUAAAACCCAAUCCAAACAAAGAAACGCUCGGCGUCUUCCUCUUGAGCUGUGAAAACCUUCCCUGUGCAUCGUUUAAAUGCUUCAUCCCAGAGGCCAAGGUUAGCCAGGUCAACGUUACGUUCCGAGUGUGGAAGCCGACGUUCAUCAAGGCUGAUUUUUCCAGUUUGUACAUGCUGGUGAACGCCACUUUGAAGAGCAGAAACACAGAUCUGUUUGUGCUGAGCAGUAGCGACAGCACCAGAAACGUGAAGAUCCAGGUUUCCAAGGAGAGCUUAGGAGGAAUUCCUAUAUGGAUCAUCAUUAUCAGCAUCCUGAUAGGUCUCCUCAUCUUAGCCCUGGUCAUCUUUGCUCUUUGGAAGAUGGGUUUCUUCAAGAGAAAAUCCAGGGAGUUCUCCAAGGAGGACAUGAUGGAUUGAGGCAUCCACACAACAGGAAGUGACUGCUUGUGGAGUAAAAAAUGGUAGACAGACUUUUUUAUAAAGUGUGUAACCACACGCAAUGACUACCUGGAGUACACAAAGCCAUUGCCAUGCACACACGGGAACAAAACCAUAUUUGUCCCAGACUUUUUUCUUUUUUUUUUUUUCAACAGCAAUCAAGCCUUCAGAGGAGGCGGGGCCUAUCACUGACACACGCCAAAGUUGUGCAUUUUGACUGCUGCACUUUCAUUUUUGAUGGAUUUUUUUUUUAUGCACUUUUUGCUAUGAAGAUCCAAAAUGGCCACGCUCAGGCUAGACAAACCAGUAUAUGUGAACUUCAGAGACACAUCUGCAUCAUUUAUAUGGAGACACUGUGUGUAUCUUCGAGCAUCAUCGAUGCUGGCGUUGCGGCACAUCUUGUUUGCUUCAAAACACUGACCUGAACGUUUAUUUUGACACCAAUGCAGAAAAACAGUCUUGUUUCUACGCUCAAGGUAUUCGCCUUUAAACCAACGCCUCCGAUUGUACUGUAAAUAUAACGCCUCACAAACUAAAAACUUUAAAAUGUACAUAAUUGUUGUUUUUUUUCUGCAAUAAUUCAUGUAAUUUAAGAGGUGUCGCCCACAUGCCUUAUAUUUUGGUGCUAAGGUGUUAGAUUUAUACCAUAGACACGAAUUACAACUUAUGCAAGUGUGUAAAUAUGACAUAUGGUCCUGUUUUGAUGAGGAAAUGAAAGUGUAGCUAUUCUCUAUUGAAAAUGUUCGGGUUUGUAUCCACUUUUUGGUUGCAUAUGAGUGAUUUUUCAGCAUUAUCAUCCAAUGUGACACCAUGUGCGGUACAGUACCUUCAAAAGUGCAUUCUUUCAGGUUGUUUUUGUUUAAAGAGCUUCGCAAUGUGUUCCAAAGAGAUUAUUUUGUACAUUGUGAAGACGGCCUAGGUCUCUUGACUUUUUAAUGCAAAUGCCCUCCACUUUUAAGCACAACUAGUUUGUACAGAAAGUCAUUCUAAAGUUGUUGUAUGGCUAAAAUGUGUCCUAUUGUUUUUUUUGGCUUGCUUGCAUAGACAUAUAAAUGUGGUCUGGAAUCACUUUAUUUUUUUCAAGCCAAAACAGGAGAGUGGGAACAAUAAAGUGAGCGUUUGCAAGCACUUCAGCCUUCAACACUGCUGUGAAGUCUUCAAUGUGAUGCACUGGUUUGCUUCCUUGUCAGCACGCAAGUAACUGAAUCCGCUGUAUAAAAAUAAAAGAUUUUUACACAUA